CAGGCGGCGACAUAGUCCUUCCUUAGCAACAGAGGACUUCCAGCAUAGCAACAACAGAGCUGCUAACGUUAGCUCGAAGAGGAGCGGAGUGUAUUUUUUCUGCUUAUUGGGGACUUAUCAACAGGUACGCUGGAAUUUUCUGACACCCACUCGGACAUGUCCUAUGUCUUCAUCAACGACUCGUCGCAGACCAACGUGCCGCUGCUGCAGGCCUGCAUCGAUGGGGACCUGCCGUUUGCCAAGAGGCUCCUGGAGACGGGCUGCGACCCCAACAUCCGGGACAACCGGGGCCGCACCGGGCUGCACCUUGCCGCCGCCCGGGGGAAUGUGGACAUAUGCCGCCUCCUGCACAAGUUCGGGGCCGACCUGUUAGCCACCGACUACCAAGGCAACACAGCUCUGCAUCUGUGCGGACACGUGGACACCAUACAGUUCCUGGUGUCCAACGGGCUGAAGAUCGAUAUCUGUAACCACAACGGCUCCACCCCUCUGGUGCUGGCCAAGAGACGCGGAGUCAACAAGGACGCCAUCCGUCUGCUGGAGGGUCUGGAGGAGCAGGAGGUGAAGGGCUUCAACAGAGGAGCACACUCCAAGCUGGAGACCAUGCAGAUGGCAGACAGUGAGAGUGCGAUGGAGAGCCACUCCCUCCUGAACCCCAACCUGCAGAGCAGUGAGGGGGUGCUGUCCAGCUUCAGGACCACCUGGCAGGAGUUUGUGGAGGACCUGGGCUUCUGGAGGGUCCUGCUGCUGCUGGUGGUCAUCGCCCUGCUCUCCCUGGGCAUCGCCUACUACGUCAGCGGGGUCCUGCCUUUCUCCCCCAGCCAACUGGAGCUGGUGCACUGAGGGAGGAAGGAGGAGAAGAAGGGGUCCGGUGUGAACGUACCUUGAGUAUAAAGGCAUUUCUGCUUCCAAAACUCACACGCUCAAUUGAAAACAACGUGAGGUGAUUUAACAGGAAGUGUCUCAGACUAAAGUGUUGGUUUAAAUAAUGUUUAAUAUUCCCUCCUCAAAACGAGAUCAAGCUGCUUUUGAUCUCGUGUGAAAAUGAGAAGUAAUGCUCCUGCUUUGUUUGCAGUUAUACGACCAGCUCCUGCUCUAACCCUUUUCCCUUCCCUUAAGCUCUGUUACAAGCUGUAUAUUGCCAUCGUUUUGUGUCUUUGUUCUUAUUUGCCUGAUCUUUUAAUCGUGUUAUGUAUCAAAUAUCUCCUGGAUUCACUUUCCUGCAUACCGUGUGUUUGGUUUAAAUCCCGCAGCCUUGCUUUCUUAACCCCUGUCCCCUUUAACCAAUAGAAUGGGGACAGUUUAGUCGUGGUAAAUGAUAAAUAUUCCUCACUUUGCAUCGUCUUAUUACAGUAGAAAAGCACCCCGACUACAGGCCUUUUUUGGGGGGAAGCGCGUCAUGUUUCACGACACGUUAGAAAGACAUUCCCGGCUGAAGCAUGCGGUUUUGUGGCAUUAUUAUCUACUCAUAUAACGGCACAAUGCUCAUAAACUCUAGGGUUAUGGCAGCAGUUUAACAAUGUUAUGCAUAUUCAUUUUUAUCUCAGUGUCCUCGUACACCAUGUUGAUUUUAUCUGUUGUUGAUUUUCUGUCAUUAAAUGUGGAAACGGAAUAAAAUAAAGUGUAUGAAUGAUUCUAAACGA